GGGGAGGGUUUUUUGUACUUUGCAUGAUUUGUUUAUUUUUGCUUUACUCAAGUAGUUACUGGAGUUUGAUUGCGAGAUUGAGAGGUAUUCUCGUUUUUUUGUUUUACGGGGUUGUUUUUUUUUGGAAUUUGAAUUGAGGAAGUUUGUUGGGUAUUGUAAGAGUGAGUGAGUUUGAGGAUUGGAAAUACCUAGCUACCGUACCUAUCUAGGUUGCUAGCUUGCUUACUGUCUAAUCACGGGAAUCCACAAACAUCAAGUUACAAUUGCGAUCAUGAGGCUUUCCUUACUCCUAGUCUUCGUGACGGGCGUGUAUUGUAUCGUCAACUGGACGGCGGGAUUAUCUGCUUUGACUAUGUGAGUCUCUUCCCUAUUUCCCUCCACAUCCCAUAUAUCUACCCAUCUUACAACUUACAUUUCACAUCUAUGAUCUUACUAUACUAACACAUACAUUAAAAGUUACACACUAAGCAGCUCAGCGGAUCUCUGGCAAACCUUCAUCGACAAAUGUCAAGAGUUCGAGGACCACGGUGGACGCGUUAGGGGCAUGACUUGUGCUGGGAACGGCAUCUUUUAUCUCGUGGGUGCGGCGGCUGCGUUUGGAGCGGGGGAGGCUGUUGCGAUGUGGGUUGUUGGUCAGGGGGGGUUGAUGAGAGGUUUGUUUUUUUCGUGUGUAAUUUUUUGUGAAUGGUGUUGUUGCUGGGUUGGAUUUUAGUCUGGGUUUGGGAUUUGUAUGAAGGAGGGGAAAGGGAAGGGAAAGGGAAAAGUCAGAGCUAAUGAUUGAGGAAUAGUACAAAGGAUUCAAAUCACCACCCCGACACCGAAGAAGAAAGUCAUUGGCGUUGACCUCCUCCUCAUAUUCCUUAUCCUCGUCUCAAUGGGGUGUUUAUCGAUGCUGACUUUGGAUCGCUGGGUGGUUAUGUAAGUCCUCUAUCCUGGAUUCCCUCAAAGCUUUGUCCUCCUAUAUAGAACUCGUCAUCCUAAUACUGAAUAUAUCGUCAGGUGUCUAACAUCCACCAUUCUCCUCUCCAUAAUGAGGCUCUUGCAUUCCUCGAAUGUGACGUUGGCUCCUGAACUGCCUAUGGAACAUAUGGGGACGAAUCAGACGCAGAACUCUUGGGGAGCUGGGAGCGAGGAGUAUGAGAAGGAGACGAAGAUGGUGCUUAAGGAGGGGAGUGUUGCGGGGAAUUUAUAGAUGGGGUUUUAUCCUACUGGGAUUUCUAAUGAUGUACGUAUUGAGAGGGUGUUUUGCCGCGUGUAUCGCCUUCCUGGUUCUUUUUGGUUUAUAGCUCUCCAGAACUGAUGUUUUGUAGGAGGGGUAGAGGGGAUGGGAGUUGCCGUACUAUAAUAAUUUUAACGAAAGGAAUCAUUUUCGCUUACUAGGCUAGUAGAGAAAUGGGGGAGUUAAAUUUGGAGACAGGUGACGAGAAAUGAUAAAAGAGUGGUGAAUUCUCUACCGAGCUCUUGGGAAUAUACAUGCUGAUUUGCGUUUGUUACUUGUAACAGCAACGGAUUUAUACUAUAGGAGGCGCGUUAAUUUGAAAUUCUCGAAGGUUCAAGUACUGUAUAUCACCAUAUGAUAUCUACAAGCGAAGUAGAAGUAAAUAAUGCUGAAGAGAGGAGUGGUGAGCUAUGAUGUAAUUUAUAUAUAUGAUGUUAAAAU